AAGCAGCCUCUCUGAGGCUGUUGCUGGGAGCUCCGGCCAAUCAAAGCAUACAGCGCUCCCGUGUCCAGCCGUAAAAUACACCGAGAGAGCGGCCCCAGUACACCGGAGCGUGCAGCGGAGGCGGGGAGGGGCAUCAGCCCGUUUGGGGGGAAUGGCGGAUGGGGAUGCUGUCUUGUCUGUGGAAUGGGACAGUGGUGAUGAGGGUUUAGCCAUGGAUCCAGAGAAAACGCUGACUUUCUGCCACGGGCUGCAGACUAUGGAGAUGACUAUGUCCCUGCAAGGGCUGGAUGUAACCGAAGAAGCUACGGUGCCCGUGAAACAGAUCGAAAUGAGCACAAUCAAUAAGAUGGCGAGGCAUCCAAAGUACUGUCCUGGAGUGAACAACAGUCCAGGUUACCUGUGUGAAACGGGACAUUGCUGCGGGGAGACGGGCUGCUGCACCUACUACUAUGAACUCUGGUGGUUCUGGCUCUUGUGGACGGUGCUGAUCCUCUUCAGCUGUUUCUGUGCUUACCGCCACCGCCGGGCCAAGCUGAGAAUUCAACAGCAGCAGAGGCAAAGAGAAAUCAAUCUGAUCGCUUACAACGGCGCUUGCAACUACCCUUCAUCAAUGCUGGACCUCAGUUUUCUGGCUUCCUUCAAGUUGCCCUCUUACGAGGAGGUUGUUGCGCAGCCCAGCACCCCUCCCCCUCCUUACAGCUCCAUCUUUGCACUGCAGGGAGGUGCCACAGUAGGUCCUAGCUCCUCUUACCCCCAUCAUCACCACCACCGUCACCCCUGCCCUCCCUACUUGGGCCCCGGCCCCAGCGGUCUGACCUCCUCACAGAGCUCUGAUAACUACACCAGCUGCUCCUGUGAGUCUUGCUCCCUCACCUCCCCGUCCAGCACCUCCUUCUCUGUCCAGGUGACGGAUGAGACGUACGACAGCAGCCACAUGUCCACGCCCAGUGAAGCAGGAGGAGAUUUGGCCGUGGUGCCAAGGGUCGGGGUCCCCUUCACGCUGAUGCCAUCGCCACCCUCGCAGGUUCCACCUGAUGUUAUACCUGCGGUCACUCCAGAUGUCAUUCCGGUGCAGAGAUGUUCCUCUAACGGUAGUGAAGGAGUCUCGCCUCCAUCUCAUCCACUUGCUCUCACUUUGCACUCCCGUCCUUCACACUCCUCUCGCCUUCCGCUCUCUCCCCUCUCGCUGCUAUCUUCAAUUCCCGCUGGUCAAGUCCACCCUCUCGUUCCAUCGGACCCACUCGGAGCCAUGGCUCUUCAGAGAGCGAAAGAAGAGACGUCACCUCAUGAUCCAAAAACCAGGCCCCUGCACUCAGCUCCUAAGCAGGCUCUCCUCUUAUCAAACGUGGCUGUCUCUGUGCACUGCGGCGGCAAGGAGGAGCAAAAAAGGGAAAAAGAAGAAGAAGAGGAGGAGGACGACGACGAAGACGAGGAUGAGGAGGACCAUUUCCGGCAUCGACGGCUGACGGGUGACUCGGGUAUUGAGGUGUGCCGCUGCCAUGUGAAAAGAGGGCAACAAGAGGAUGAGGACCCAAAGAAGGGGCGCUUCGAUAAGGGAGGGAAAUAUGUCGUGAAGGAAGGGGAGAAGGUGCUGCAGGACGGCGUGGACUGUUCCCAGCAAAAGAAGGUCGCCGCACAGUCGUCCAGCACGGACGACUGCGCGGAGCAGCGCGGCCAUGUCUCUUCGCCUUCUAGCGUCAUCAUUAACAGAAACGAGGCUAUCAUCACUGUGGAGUCCCUGUAAGUAAACAGCCAUGGAAGGAAGGAAAAGUGGGAUAGCCUUUGUAACCGGAUGAGUGACGAAUUAAAGGAAAAAAAGAAAGCGAUCGGUCUUAGGGAAGAUUUGAGCUAUCAGAACAGAUUCACUGCAUCUUAGUGUUGGUUCUACAAAUCUCUGUAAAUCUACUGAAGGGAUGGCACACUAUUUUUUUUGUCCUUUUUUCUUUAAAAAAAAAGGGGGCAUUUGGAUGAUGGUUGUAGAAAGUCUCCAAAAUCUUCCAUUAGUGUAUAACUGAGCUGAGAUCAGGUGACUGCACAGGCAUUAGCAAAAUUAUUGACAUGAUUUUCAUACUCAUCCAACCACCCAGUGACCUCUGAUGGACCGCCCUGUGGACGGGGACAACCCUGGAAGACUACUACGUUAAUAAGACGAGUGAACUAUACCAACAGCUUCUGGGUUUUCCUUUCAUUUGUCAUCCGCCUGUCGAUGAAGACUUAAGAAGUGAAAAAUGUGAUCACUGAAGAAAAGUCUUGGAGAGCUUACAGAAAUGUCUGCAAGCCAUCAGAUCGGAUGAGUAACAUUUUUAGGAGGGGGUCUCUGUAUUUUAUUUUGGGAUCCCCAGACCUCAAAGUUCUUGUGAUUUAUAAGAGAUGAUUUGGGUUUGUUGUGGAGUACGAGGUGUUCUUUUCUUAAAAUGCAAAUGGCUCAAAAUCCUAAAAAUAAUUCCACUUUCUGCAUCCUUUUCUUGCUAGAGCCACUAUGAUAAAAUGUUUGUCAGUGUUUCUCUGUACGAAGCAUCGAAGCAGCAUUUUUAGCUCUGAAAUGGAGCUCGUAUCACCGGCUGCCAGCCUGUGGAUAUAAAAUAUUCUGACUUUUGUCAAAUCCACACAUUUUAACAUAAAAUAUUGGUCAUCUUUUUAGGCAUUAAAACAUUGAAAGACCUUUUCUUUUUUUUAUUGGAGCCCACUUCCCUUAUCAUAGAUAGAUUGAUUCAGUGGGUCAGUGUUUUAUACCUUGUGUCUUAUGUUGCCUCCUUCUUAAAGAUUUUUUUAAAAAGGGGGGCGGGUACAAACUUUAAUUAAAUGUGCAGGUGGCAAAGCUUUACUAUGAUAUUGUAGUUAUACAUUAUAGUUUCAGACUGUUACAUCAGUAUACUGUAUACUUAGCCAGCUGUUUGUCUUUGGGUUCAGUGCAGUUUUAACGUGCUCCUGCCUUUUGCAAGGCAAUAUCACUCUGAAUCCUCGUGUUGAGUUUUUUACUAGGCGCACACUUUAAGCCUAAACUGAUAAUGAAUGUAAAAGGUUAUGCAUUGCAACAAAAAAACGCACUCAAAGCUGUUUUUUGAGGAUUUUUUUAUAGCAUGAUG